AUGGCGCUUCCACCAGAGCAAAUUAACAUUAAGCGUCGGCGUGAGGAAGAGCCCGUCGAGACCCUAUUCAUUCAAUCUGCACUCCACCAAACCAAGCGGCGCUUCACCGACUUUGUCUUCCACAGAGUCACUCUAAAAGCUAGCGAGAGAGCGAGUGCAGAUGCAUCUCCAAGCCCACCAGCAACGCCAGCUGUGCAGCGGAUUCUGCGCAGUCCGCGCUCAGUAAGCAGCCUUCAUGUAAACCGGCGCGCGCCAGGAUCCUCGAUGGGUGUGCCCAUGGUGCGGGCCACCUCGCCGGGAGCAGAAUUCCGCGAAGCGCAGCGCAUUACAGCUGUACGUAAAGAAGCAGAAGAAAAGCACAAACGUGCUGUUUACGGAGGUCCUAAUCCCUUCACCGACCUGCAGCCCAGCUCUGCGGCUAGCUUUGAUGGCUCCCACCCACCGUCAGUGCGCGACAGCAGCCCAGCUUCAGUGGAGACAUCUUCCAGCAGCGCGCAAGCCCUGCGCCGCUUCCAGAUCUCGCGCUCAAAUCUCGACUCCCUGAGAAGUUCUCCUGGGGGAAUUCAGAAACGACGCGUUGGCGGUCCUGCCCCUGGUGUGGCUGUGCUGGUCGAGCAGUUGCAGCGGAAUGCGCACUCGCGCAAAGCAUCCAUGGUCUCGGAUCUGGUAGCGGAGGCAAAAGCUCUCUCGAUCAAGCCCAAGGAACUUUUCCAGGACACCACGCCCCCUUCGCCAGUUAAACCACGCAAACGACCUGUCGUUAACCAGGCCGAGAAGCGGUGGCGCGAGGAGCGUAAGGGUGUUAUAUCAGCUGCGAAGCAGCAUCUAUCUGAUACCUUGGAGAAAUCCGCCCAGACACAGCAGCAGAGGAGCUGGGAUGAGGGGUCUGAACGCCUAGCCCAUGAUUUAGAGCAGGUUGCGCUGGAACUCGAGCUCGAACGCGACCAAGACCAUCGGAUGGACCUCGAUUCUCAGGUCGCUAGCAAACCGGCUGCUCCCCAGCCUGCAUAUUCACAGCCUGCUUUCAGUGCAGCUCCUAAGCCCCCGUUGAAAUACCAGCCAAGACAGCCCAAGGAACCCAGGGUCGCACCUACACCGCUGCAAACUUCGCUGCAAACUGAACAGGCCGUGGAGGAGGAUGAUGAAGGCGACUAUGUCUACGACGUUUAUGUCCGGCGUCCGCUAUCGGAAGCCGAGAUGCUGAAGAACCCGCUCGCCGAAUAUGAGUUCGACCAGCAGGAAAAGGAUAUCGCCAAGUCUCAGCCUGGAGUGGGUGUCAUUGUCAUCACGGCCGAGGACGAGGAAAUCUGGGAGGAGUUUAUUGAAGAUGACGAGGAGGAAUGGGAUAGUGAGGAUGCUGACUCCAAUGCUGAAAACCACCCUGCCAACGAUUACCCAGAUGAAGAAGUGUCAUCUGAUGACGACGAGUUUGAUUUUGAUGAUUCUGCGAGCGAGGAUGGCGGGACUGGGUACAUGUCUCGCUACCGUGGGCACGUAGACUCGGAUGAAGACUACUGA